GUGCAUUUCAAUAUUUUCAGUUUACUUGCACGUUUAUUAAAUUUUGCUAAUGACUUAUGAAAUAUUCGUAAUAUGAAGUGAUUCAUGUUGAAGUAUUCUAUAUUUCCAAACAAGAAUUGACAGAUUGUUUUGCUAACGAGCUUCCAAGAUGAUGCAGUUCAUGCUCCUGUUUAGCCGGCAAGGCAAGCUUCGGCUGCAAAAGUGGUAUGUGGCGCACCCUGACAAGCUGAAGAAGAAAAUUACUCGAGAACUGAUCACAACAGUUUUGGCUCGUAAGCCAAAGAUGUGCUCUUUCCUCGAGUGGAAGGAUGUCAAAGUCGUUUACAAAAGAUAUGCAUCAUUAUACUUUUGUUGCGCAAUGGAGCAAGAAGAUAACGAGUUAUUGACUCUGGAGCUAAUCCACCGUUAUGUUGAACUACUCGAUAAAUAUUUUGGAAGUGUAUGUGAGCUGGACAUUAUCUUCAACUUUGAGAAGGCGUACUUCAUACUAGACGAAUUGGUUCUCGGAGGAGAGCUGCAAGAGACCAGUAAGAAGAAUGUGCUGAAAGCCAUCGCUGCCCAGGACCUGCUCCAAGAGGAGGAGACGCCGCAAGGAUUCUUCGAGGACCAUGGCUUGGGCUAAGAUGGCAUCUUCCACGACUGACGACAUACGUAGGUAAAUAGCUCUAAGUGUACUUCCAGUAUAAUCCACUGUAGAAGUAAAUAUCCCAUACCCAUUUCUGUAAAAUCAUUAUCGAAUUACUUAUACUCAUUAAGUUGCCGUGGUAGUUCCUAAUAUAUUUUUUUGAAACUAUAUAUACUGUAAUUACUUUGAAAGGCAUCUAUACCCACAUGUAUUAAGUGCCUACGUAUUUCUCGCACACGUAACCAUGUAAAAGUAUUAAAAGAUUUAUACGCUUGUAGUUAUUUAUCUACCUACAUUGUAAGAAAUUCCAAUAUAUUAUCAAGUCAAGCCUCAACACGUAAGUGUCUCAAUGCGUUUAUGAAUAUAUUACACGCCCAUCUAAUUUUUAACACCCAAGUCAAUAGACGAGUGGCAUAAAAAUUUAAAAACCACCCACAAUUGUUUAUCAUUCACUUUACCGUAUGAAGGUACGCGUUAAACAUUUGAGGUAGAUUUUCAAAAGUUAAAAACUAAGCUUCUGAAUCAAAUCCAGAAGUUUAUUUACAAGAUUAAUUAUUUAGACUAAGCAGUGUCCUUGUGUUAAGUAUAAUUUUACACUAUGCAUACAAAUUCUGAUAUUUAUUUUUUUUAACUAAUGGCAGCUGUUAAUGCACGUAACGUAACUGUAAUCAAAUACACGUAAUUCCAUUUUUCUAUGCAUAAGGAUUCUUGAGAAUCUUAAUGAAUUGUGCCAAAAGUAAGGAAUCAAAUGUAUUUUCAUAUUCAUUUAAAUGGUGGCAAUCUAGGAACAAGUGCUUUAUUGUACAAUGCUGUUUUGACCUCCAAACAUUUACAUAUUUAUAAAACCUUAUAGAAUAUACGUUAACUAUGAUUUCUUGUGUUUUUGCAAUAUUACAGGUGCUAUUUUAAAUUUUGAAGUGGUAUGUAUGUGGUAUGUUUUUAAUCUAUUGUAUCUUUUCCCAUAUCAAUCUCUCAUAUCUUUGAAAUUUCAAUGGGCCUAAAUAUCAUGGC